AUGCAAUUUCAUAUAAUCCGCCUCAGAUGCAAAUCACCAACGGCUGCAACUCAAAAAAUAGAAAAAGUCAUUUCCGUUUGUCAAGAAGAAAUAAAAUUGACGAUAUUAAGAGAAGCUUUGGAAAUACUCGGAGGCGGCGGUGGUGGGGACACGAAAAAAGAAUCAAAUAAAAAUGGGGACAGGAUAAAAAGAAGUAAAAGGAAUAGUAGUUUUAGCGAAGACGAACAAAGAAUUGCCGGAUGUUUGUUACAAUGCGUUUAUAAAAAAGUUAAUGCUGUUGAUUCCGGUGGGUAUCCAACAGUCGAAGGUUUGGUAAAUUUAUAUACGGAAGGUAUUAACGAAAGAGGAUAUUUUCUAGCAACGGCACAAGCAGUACAACAAUUCCAGGAAAAUUCGAGCGGACAAAUGUGCGAUUUAGCAUAUAAAGUUUUCGAUUGUGUCAGCGAUCAAUUAGCCGAAUAUUGUUCCGGGGAAUAA